AUGUGUGUGGAAAAACAGAUGCACAAAGAUGAAAAUUUCAAGAGAAGAUACUGUGAGAAAAUUGAAAGUUACUUAAAGAAAGGAUAUGCCAGGAAGCUGUCAGCUGAAGAAGCAUCUGAAGAAGGUCCUCGUUGCUGGUACUUACCUCAUUUUGGAGUAAUAAAUCCGAAUAAACCAGCCAAGCUACGACUUGUUUUCGAUGCUGCUUCAAAGUCGUGUGGGACUUCCCUAAAUGAAAAUUUACUUGCUGGACCAGACCUCUUACAACCAUUGGUGGAAGUAUUGAUAAAGUUUAGACAACGAAAGAUCGCCUUCUGCAGUGAUGUUCGUGAGAUGUUCCAUCAAGUCAAGAUCAUUACUUCGGAUCAAUGCUCCCAAAGAUUUCUCUGGAGAGAAGGAAAUACCCAAAAACCACACGAUGUUUACGAAAUGCAAGUCAUGACAUUUGGUGCUACCUGUUCUCCUACUUGCGCACAAUUCGUUAAGAAUUUGAAUGCCCGACAACUAACCCAAAGACAAGAUAUUUUGGACGCUAUUGAGAUGAAACACUAUGUCGAUGAUUAUUUAGACUGCACUGACACUGUAGACGAAGCCUUAGAAAAGAUUUUUGAAGUGAAACGUAUUCAAAAUUUGGGUGGAUUUGAAUUAGUUGACUGGACAUCAAACUCUAAAGAUGUUAUGGAUGCUCUUUCUACACAAGAAGAUUUUAUAUGCAAAGAUCUUGACAUGGACUCUGAUAGGUCGAUACAACGAAUUUUAGGACUUUCCUGGGAUUCAAAAUUAGAUAGCUUCUGUUUUAAACUGAAAUCCAACAUUUUUGAGGUCGAAACCAGAAAUGGCACAACGAAAAGACAAAUUCUGAAAAUAGUGAUGUCCAUUUUCGACCCAUUAGGACUUAUUGCUAAUUUGACAGUACGAGGAAGAAUCCUCAUUCAAGAUAUAUGGAAAUCCGGAAUUGGUUGGGAUGAUUCAGUCGAACAUGAACAAUAUAGGACAUGGAAAUUAUGGCUUUUGGAUCUUCAAAAAAUUACAAAUAUUUCUAUACCUAGGUGCUAUUCAACGAGUAUUUCUAAGGCUGAAAGAGUAGAAUUACAUAUAUUCUGUGAUGCGAGCAAAAGGGCGUACGCUUCUGUAGCUUACCUACGAAUGAUCGCCCAGACAUCAAUCGAUGUAUCUUUAAUUUUUGCUAGAGCUAGGGUGGCACCGAACAAACCGAUUUCAAUUCCGAGACUCGAACUUCAAGCCGCUCUAAUGGGAGCAAGACUCAAGAAAAUGCUGAUCAAAACGUUAGAAAUCAAAAUUGACAAAACGUACCUAUGGACUGAUUCAACAACAGUACUUCACUGGAUCAAAAACGAUGGGAGUAAACUGGGACAAUUUGAAUCUCAUCGCGUAGGUGAAAUUCAAGAGUCAACAGACAGUUUUGAUUGGCAUUGGGUUCCAUCCAAGUCAAAUGCUGCCGACAAUGCCACAAGAACCUAUUUUGAUGAUGGAAAUAAUUUGGAUUUCAAUCGUUGGCAUAAUGGACCAGAAUUUCUACAACUCCACGAUGAAAUGACAUGGCCGAUCAAGAAAACUGACUGUGGGGGAAUUUUGAAAAAUUCUGAAGAUGAAGAAGAUAUUCAACCGAUAGAAUUUUUGGCCACUAUUCUAGAAAAUGAUUCCUGUUUACCGGAUAUAAACCGUUUUUCCAAAUGGAUGAGGUUGAUAAGAGCCACGGCCUGGGUGCUGGUAGUCGCUAAAUUGUUGAUUUCAAAACUUCGUUCCAAAAAUAGUCAAAUUAUAGCAGAAAUUACCAUUUCAGACCUUGAAGAAGCUGAAAUCAGAUUAAUCAAGCAAUGCCAACUGGAGAGUUUUCCAGAAGAAAUCUCUUUCUUAAAGAAAAGCAUGUGCUUGAAGAAUCAGAGUAGACUAAAACAACUUUCACCGGUCAUGGAUAAAAAUGGAGUUUUGGUAGUGAGUGGACGGACUGACUUGGCCACACAAAUGGAAAUGACAACCAGAAGACCCAUAAUAUUGCCAUCUAAACAUAGGUUGACUAAAUUACUACUGCAUCAUUACCAUGAACAAUGUGCUCAUCAAGGUAUCGAAACUGUAUUGAAUACUGCUAGACAAAAAUUUUGGAUUAUUGAUGGUAGAUCAGCCGUGAAGACCACAUUUGCAGAAUGUAAAAAAUGCCGAAUUUUAAAAGCUAAACCUGCAAUUCCACAAAUGGGCCAACUUCCGACAUUCAGAUUGACUCCACCAGCUCAUGCAUUCACAUACACAGGAAUUGAUUAUUUCGGACCCCUGUAUGUAACAGUUGGACGUCGACGCGAGAAAAGAUGGGGAGUUAUUUUCACCUGUUUAUCGAUAAGAGCUGUACAUCUUGAAGUAGCACACUCGUUAUCAACGGAGUCAACGCUAAUGGCAGUGAGACGAAUGAUAGCAAGAAGAGGACAACCUCUGCAAAUUUAUUCCGAUAAUGGAACUAAUUUUAGAGGAUCCUCUGAGGAACUGAAGAAAGCUGUAAAAGAAAUGGAUAAGGAGAAUUUGAAACGAGAAAUGUUAGUGAGAAAUAUUGAAUGGAAAUUCAUUCCACCUGCUUCUCCCCAUAUGGGCGGUGCAUGGGAGAGACUAGUGCGUUCAGUGAAAACUACAUUUCAUGUUAUUCUAAAUAAUCAGAUAUUGAAGGACGAGCUACUCCUUACCUUAUUUGCAGAAUGCGAAAAAAUUGUGAACUCUAGACCAAUCACGAAAGUAUCUGUUGAUCCUGAUGACUUGGAGGCCUUAACACCAAACCAUUUUCUUUUGGAUGCUACAAAUUAUUCGACAGCUUUCGAAUCUGAAAAUGGAAAUUUAAGGGGACAAUGGAGACGAGCUCAAGAAUUAAGAAACUCGUUCUGGAAAAGAUGGACGAGGGAAUAUCUACCGACUUUGACCAAAAGAACGAAGUGGAGGAACGAUGGCAGACCUAUGAAGCUACAUGAUGUAGUUAUAGUUAUAGAUGAUACCGCUCCUAGAAAAUCCUGGAAACUCGGAUUAAUUGAGAAGAUUUUUCCGGGCCCCGAUGGAAAAAUUAGAGUCGUUCAAGUGAAAACAGCGAAUGGUUCUUAUAAACGACCUGUUACUAAGUUAUGUAGAUUAGAUAUCGAAGAUAGUGGACAAAGAUGA